AUGUAUUGGCGCGUUUUUCGUCAGUACAGUGGUCCAUGCUUUCCAAGGUUUCCCACCCAUUCAUGGACUCGCUAUGGUUGGAGGUGUUCUUUGGGCGACAGCGAUUCUCGUAUGGAACACGCUGUCUUGCCUGACCGGCUGGGCCACAUCGAGAUAUGGCUUGCUUGGACUCCCAAAAGCUAUUCCAGCCAGUCUCACACUCAACUACAUUGGUAUAGCUACUCUGAUUGCUGGGUAAUACAUCAGUUACUGUUGUGCAUAGUACCCUUUUUUUGCUAUAGCGCGAUAUUUGUCAAUUUUUUACGCGGAACCUUGGCAAGUUAA